UUUUCCAUGAAGACCAUAAAGCUUGGCAUUGUAGGCCAAAGAACCGAAUAUUGCUUCCAUUCUUUAAUCUUGAGAGCAUUAUCUUCUGUUACUAACCAAACUGAUCUCCACAAAGUUCAUUCUCUCAUAGUAGUUUCAGGCCAGCAUCAAUCAACAUUCUUCUGUGGAAAACUCAUUUCGAAGUACUCCCAGUCCAAAGACCCUGUUUCUUCAUUAUCCAUUUUCCGCAUAAAUUCGCCUACACAUAAUGUUUACUUAUGGAACACUAUCAUUAGAGCCAUGACCCAUAAUGGGUUAUGGUCUAAAGCAUUAGACUUUUAUACCCAAAUGAGAAAAUUAAAUGUUAAGCCUGAUAAUUAUACAUUUCCUUCGAUUAUUAAUUCUUGUGGCAGUUUAUUGGAUCUUGAAAUGGUGAAAAUUGUGCAUAAUGAUGUUUUGGAGAUGGGGUUUGGAUCAGAUUUGUAUAUAUGUAAUGCUUUGAUUGAUAUGUAUUCGAGGAUGAACGAGUUAGGGAGAGCGCGUGAGGUGUUUGAUAAAAUGCAUAGUAGAGAUGUGGUUUCUUGGAAUAGUUUGGUUUCAGGGUAUAGUGCGAAUGGGUAUUGGGAAGAGGCGUUAGAAGCUUUUCGAGAGGGAAGGUUAUCAGGUGUUGCUGCUGAUGCUUUUACUGUGUCUAGUGUUUUACCUGCAUGUGGGGGUCUGAUGGAGGUUGAACAGGGUCAGAUGGUUCAUGGGUUGGUGGAGAAGAGUGGCAUUAAGGGAGAUAUAGCUGUGAGUAAUGGACUGCUUUCAAUGUACUUUAAGUUUGAGAGGUUGUUGGACUGUCAGAGAAUCUUUGAUGAGAUGAUAUUUAGAGAUAUUGUCACUUGGAAUAUCAUAAUUUGUGGGUUUUCUCACUCGAGGUUAUAUCAGGAGUCCAUCAAAUUGUUUCGAGAAAUGGUUUAUGAAUACGAGCCGGAUCUGCUUACAGUUACUUCUGUGUUGCAAGCUUGUGGGCAUAUGGGGGAUUUAAGAUUUGGAAGAUAUGUACAUGACUAUAUUUUGGAAAACAGAUACGAAUGUGACACAACUGCUUGCAAUAUCAUAAUUAACAUGUAUGCAAGAUGUGGUGAUUUGGUGGCUGCAAGGCAAGUUUUUGACAACAUGAAAAGAUGGGAUUUGGUCUCAUGGAACUCAAUGAUUAGUGGUUAUUUUGAGAACGGGUUUAAUAAAGAAGCAGUUGAUCUGCUUAAGAUGAUGAGGAUAGACUUGCAACCUGAUUCUGUCACUUUUGUGACACUACUCUCAAUGUGUACAAAGUUGAUGGACGUGGAUUUUGCAAGAGAGCUCCACUGCGAUAUAAUUAAGAGAGGAUAUGAUUCCACUCUUAUUGUGGGCAAUGCUCUUCUAGAUGUGUAUGCUAAAUGUGGUAAAAUGGAGCAUUCAGUGUGGCAAUUUGAGAUCAUGAGUACUAGAGAUAUUGUAACAUGGAAUACUGUUAUUGCUGCCUGUAGCCAUUAUGAGGAAAGUUACGUAGGUUUAAAGAUGCUCAGUAGGAUGAGAAUGGAAGGAAUCAUGCCAGAUGUGGCUACCAUUUUAGGUUCGCUGCCUUUGUGUUCCUUACUUGCUGCCAAAAGACAGGGAAAAGAGCUGCAUGGCUUCAUAAUCAGGCUCAAUUUGGAGUCACAAGUCCCUGUUGGAAAUGCACUGAUCGAGAUGUACUCUAAAACUGGGAGUUUAAAGAAUGCAAUCUUGGUCUUUGAGCACAUGAGGAUUAAAGAUGUGGUGACAUGGACAGCAAUGAUCUCUGCAUAUGGAAUGUAUGGCGAAGGAAAGAAGGCUCUCAGAUCUUUUCAGCAGAUGAAGGAGACGGGUACUGUUCCCGAUCAUAUUGUUUUUGUUGCCGUUAUAUAUGCUUGUAGCCAUUCUGGUUUAGUGCAAGAUGGUCGUGCAUGCUUUAACCAAAUGAGAAAAAAAUACAACAUUGAGCCUAGGAUUGAACAUUAUGCUUGCAUGGUUGAUCUUUUAUCACGUUCUGGGCUACUGGUUGAAGCAGAGGAUUUUAUCCUUUCUAUGCCGCUGCAGCCUGAUGCAAGUAUGUGGGGAUCUCUACUUAGUGCUUGUCGAGCUAGUGGAGAUACCGGGACUGCUGAGCGUGUCGUAGAACGCCUUGUUGAAUUGAACUCUGAUGAUCCUGGGUAUAAUGUUUUAGCUUCCAAUGUAUAUGCCUCCUUAGGGAAGUGGGACCAAGUGAGAACAAUACGAAAAUCUUUGAAAGCUAGAGGACUUAGGAAAGACCCAGGAUGUAGCUGGAUUGAGAUUUGUAACAGAGUUUUUAUUUUUGGCACUGGUGAUAGGUCCUUUCAACAAUUCAAGCAAGUCAAUGAGCUCAUAGAGGACCUCAAUAGAACAAUGGAUAAGGAAGGUUAUGUUGCUGACUUAAAAUUUGUUUUGCAUGAUGUCGGUGAAGAUGAGAAGAUAAAUUUACUUUAUGGGCAUAGUGAAAGACUUGCUAUAGCAUUUGGAUUGUUGAACACAAAAGAAGGUUCACCUUUGCAAGUAAUGAAGAAUCUACGGGUUUGUGGAGAUUGCCACACUUGGACCAAGUAUGUGUCAAAAAUUGUUCAGAGGGAAAUACUAGUUAGAGAUGCAAAUCGCUUUCACUUGUUCAAGGAUGGGACAUGUAGCUGCAGAGACCGCUGGUAAUUAAAGUUUGUUGUCCUUCCUAAUACUUAAAAGAUGGAAAGAUCCCUGCAAUUGGGCAAAUU